AGCAGCACCACCGCCAUACUCUUGUACCACUCCUCUCUGAUCCUGGCAUUGUCGAGUCCACGGACGCCGCCGGAUCUGUGAUUACAUAUCCCACACCUACCACCGAAGCCCAAAUAUACACACUUGUGUGUGGCCUCGAGCCCGUCGCAGCUUCCGUCCCCGCCGAAGCACGAGGUGCACACGCUACAGCGCUGGCCAUUGCCCUGCCCACCGUGGUACCCAUCGUCCUCGCCGAACCACUCUUUGCUGCAGGGUCUGCUUGGAUUUAUUCUACCACUUUCUGCCCGCCUCCGAUCCCACUUCCCAUCUCGACUGUCCCACUUCUGCGCGCGACCAUAUUGUAGACCAGCAGCGAUAACGGCGCAUCCCUCCCACGGCCAUGGCUAUCAUCAAGAAUCCCUUCCGCAAGCAGGACGAGAACGUGCGACCCUCGCCGACGCCACUCCCCGGCGAGAAACCGGCGAGCAGUGCGAGUAGCAAGCAGUUUAGUGCCGACGCAAAGGAUCCCGUCGAAUACAAGUUGAGUGAGAUCAAUGACUCUGGCGUCUUCGUCCCUCCGUCGCCCACUGAGAAGAAGAGCUUCUGGGGCUCCACGGCUUCGCGAUCAACCACAUCAUCGUCGCUACACAAAUGCGCCUUCGACGAGGGUGAGCAGUUCAACAUCUCCCGGGAGUCCUUCGACUCUUAUCGUAGAUCUUUCGAUAUUUCCGCAAGGUCCCCCGUCCCACAACCCGAGAGCAGGCCCCGCGCAUCGCUCGACAGCAGGACAUUCUUACCACCGCCACGCAUGUCAAACUCUUUCCACCGACCAUUGCAAGUCCCGCAAACUCAAGAGGAGGAUAAAUUUGAGGACGUGAACAUCGAUGACCCGAAACCGCAACCUGCCAAGAAGCGCGGUAUCUUCGCGCGCAUGGUGGAUGGCGUGGGAGACCACUCCAACCGACCCAACAGCAGCUCAGAAAACAAGACUGGCGCUUGGCACAGCCUCACAUCUAGGAAGAGAGGAGACAGUGGGCGAGGAGCUGAGCUUGGUGCGAUGCCACGAGCGGUUGAGCCACGAGCGGUUGAGGCGCCUAGACGUGAACAGACGCCGAAACCAGAGAAGCAACUGCCGGUGCAGCCGCCAGAGCAGCAGAGCGAGGCACAAGCGUCCGGGAACACUGCGACUCCCGAGAUCAAGGUGAACUCGUGAAUGGUCGGCUAUAUGCAAAGCGAAGAUGUGUUUUGAGCAUUGUAUGGUUUUUUGGAGUUCGGGUUGGAUCAGACACGAGGAGAUCCCAAGGGCUCGCUGACAGCAGCCCGGUCAUGAUAAUGAUGAUAACAGCAUAUGGACAAGCAGGCGAGAGAAACAGAUAUAGCUUCAGGCUCGCAACAUAGUUAAUAAUUGUAUGAAUCGGUGCACAAAGAA